CUAUCAACAAAUGGAACCGCGAUCAUGGCUCCAGAUCCUCACAGGCGUGUUCAUCGGACUCUUACUCUAUGCAUUGAGAGAUAUAAAGUUAGCUGAUGAAUACACAUUAUCUGAAAAACAUCUAGUCAUUGGUGUGCUUUCGUCAAGAGAUCAUUUCUCACAGCGGGAAACAGUGCGUCAGACUUGGGCUUCUCACCUACACCACAUUCCUAAUUCCAAGCUAGUUUUUGUCUUGGGGGAGACAGACUGUCACCUUCAUCCUGCUGACCGUAAAUCUGUGCAGUCGUGCCAUGAAUGGAUGGUAUCUGAGAGAGAAAUAACAAAUCAACAAUCAGAAACAUUUGUGAAACUGGGAGGAACUUCAGGAGGCCAGAGUUGGAACAGAUUUGAAUGUAAUACUGGCCUAGGCUUCAGAAUUUUACACAGUGUAGUAGUUGAGGCUUUUAGCAUAAAAUCUGCUAUUUUAAAGAGAGUCCAUAGGACGCUCAUCAUACUACAGGAUGCAGAAGAAGUUCUUGAAAGUGUUAUUGUGGAUAAGGAGAAGUGUGCAGAUGAAGAUGGCUUCUGUGUGGUUAAACUUGCCAGUUCUCUGCUCCUGCCAAAGGGAUUUGAAGGGGAGGUGCUGAUUCAGAGGAAGUCGGAAGAUGAAGGACUCUGCGAUGAUUAUAUUUUUGAUGGUCACAGAGAUAAAAAUGAGACAUGUGAGUGGACGAAGAGUUCAGCAGUUGAUUUCAAAUACGUUAGAAUGAGAAGAGAUGCAGUAAGUGAAUGGAGUUCAUCUGCUUGUUCUACUGUCUCCUUGAAAUUUACAGUCACAGAGCUUGAUAAGUUGAGAAGCCACGUAGACAGCCGUUCUUUUAGAACUAAAGAGUGGCAGGAAUAUAUAGAAGAAAAUAAAAUAAAAAUUAUAGAGGAACAGAAUAAGAACCAAGAUCUUUUGUUAUUGCCAUUUCAAGAUACUUAUUCAAAUUUGCCUCAAAAAACUAUGAGCUUUUUGAUGUGGCUCACCAAAUAUAACAAUGCUGCUUUUGUGAUGAAAGUAGAUGAUGACACCUUUGUUAAUGUCAAGGAUCUGAAGAAUCUGUUAGCCAGUGAGAAUGAAAGAGGUCUUACCUGGUGGUCACAUUUUCACUUUCACCGGAGUGUGCCCAUCUAUGGAAAGUGUGCAGAUGCGAGGUAUCCAGGCCUGACAUAUCCAACUUUUCCAUCUGGUGCAGGGUACCUUAUGACAGGAUCCCUAGCAAGUGCCAUUACUACCAUAGGCCCUUCCCUACCACUUUAUGUGGGCGAGGAUGUGAGUGUAGGCAUCUGGGUAUCAGUCAGUGCCCAGAAUGUGAAGACUGUUGAUGUUCCUUGCUGGCUUCCUCAUCCUACAUGCCCAAAAUCUAUCCUUGAGACUCAGCUUACAGAAUCUCAGAUGAAGAUGCACUGGGAUUUAUAUCUACAGGGGAGAUAGUGAGAGUUCCUCUAGAACAGUGGUAUUUACUGCACAUUUCAUGAUGCUUGCAACACCCAUAUUGGUGGCUCUCUAUCCAGGAAGUAUGCAUCUCUCCAAUGCAGCUGUUGGGAAAUAAGCUGUUCAUGGCUAAGAAAUAGGUAAUUGGGAACUUAGUGUGUCAGAGAUUUGGAGGGGAGCUUCUUUGUUUCAGCAGAAAUAACAUUUUUAUCAUAGGAUCCAAAAUAAGAUACAGACUUUGCAUCAACAUGUGCAAUAGGGUCAAUAUAAAUUUUGUAUGUAAGAAGAAUUGAUUAAUUAUGAUGAUAAGUAUCCUGUUGUAAUUAUGUCACUAUAUAUACAAAAAUAAAGAGCUUCUGCUUAAGGUGCAGCUCUCAUAGUGAAUGUUAUCCACCAAAAUGGCUCUUGCAUCAACUUGCGAACACCACUGCUUUAGAGGAUUGUCUAAAUAUUACUUUGUGUCUUGAAUUAGUCCACUAUUUUUAAUCAAACAGUUUAAAGUCUAUGUUUUAUCUUUGUAAAAUAUAUGGAGUAAGAGAUGAAUAAUAUUGAUAAUAAAAACAAACUCAU